GGCGCCCUUUGCGCCGGGAAGCCGGAGCCGCGAUUGGGCGACGGUCCCUGAGCCUCCAGGUCCGUGUCGGUUUCAAGGCUCCUCCCUCCUGGUGAAAGACAGACUGCGGGGCGCCUGGAAACCGGUCCGAGGGCGCGCGAGGGAGAGGAGAGCUAGCGAGUUGAGGGAUUGACACAAAUGGUCAGGCGGCGGCGGCGGAGAAGGAGGCGGAGGCGCUGGGGGGAGCCGAGGCCGCUGGGCUGCCGAGAGUUGCGCGCUCUACCCGGCCGCGGCCACUAGCGCGGCGCCGCCAGCCGGGAGCCAGCCAGCCGAGGGCCAGGAAGGCGGGACGCGACCCCGGCGCGCCCGAGCCACCCGGGCUCUCCCCGCCGCCCGCGCUUCAUGAAUCGCAAGUUUCCGCGGCGGCGGCGGCUGCGGGGCGCAGAGCGGGAGACGGGGGAGCGGGCCGAGCGCGGCUCGGGCUCGACGGAGGGCACCGGCGCGGAGGAGAUCUCCCCGGCCGCAGGGGGAGCCGCCGCCCGCCGCGCCACCACCCACCCCAGCCGAGCGGCGCCAAGAAAGGAGCUGAAAAAGUAUGGCUGAGGAGGAGGCGCCUAAGAAGUCCCGGGCCGCCGGCGGCGGGAGCUGGGAACUUUGUGCCGGGGCGCUCCCGGCGGGGCCGGUGGCAGAGGGGAGCUGGGACUCUGGCCACCGCCGCCGCCCCCCAGCUGGCUCCGGGCGCUUGGCGCGCUGGCUACUGCUGCUGCUUUGGCUGCUGGAAGCUCCGCUGCUGCUUGGGGUCCGGGCGCAGGCGGCGGGCCAGGGGCCCGGGCCAGGUCAGCAGCCCCCGCCGCCGCCGCCUCAGCAGCAACAGAGCGGGCAGCAAUACAACGGCGAGCGGGGCAUCUCCAUCCCGGACCACGGCUACUGCCAGCCCAUCUCCAUCCCGCUGUGCACGGACAUCGCGUACAACCAGACCAUUAUGCCCAACCUGCUGGGCCACACGAACCAGGAGGACGCGGGCCUCGAGGUGCACCAGUUCUACCCGCUGGUGAAGGUGCAGUGCUCGGCCGAGCUCAAGUUCUUCUUGUGCUCCAUGUACGCGCCGGUGUGCACGGUGCUGGAGCAGGCGCUGCCGCCCUGCCGCUCCCUCUGCGAGCGCGCGCGCCAGGGCUGCGAGGCGCUCAUGAACAAGUUCGGCUUCCAGUGGCCGGACACGCUCAAGUGCGAGAAGUUCCCGGUGCACGGCGCGGGCGAGCUGUGCGUGGGCCAGAACACCUCCGACAAGGGCACGCCGACGCCCUCGCUGCUGCCCGAGUUCUGGACCAGCAACCCCCAGCACGGCGGUGGGGGGCACCGCGGCGGCGGCUACCCGGGGGGCGCCGGCGCGUCGGAGCGCGGCAAGUUCUCCUGCCCGCGCGCCCUCAAGGUGCCUUCCUACCUCAACUACCACUUCCUGGGGGAGAAGGACUGCGGCGCGCCCUGCGAGCCGACCAAGGUGUACGGGCUCAUGUACUUCGGGCCCGAGGAGCUGCGCUUCUCGCGCACCUGGAUCGGCAUCUGGUCGGUGCUGUGCUGCGCCUCCACGCUCUUCACGGUGCUCACGUACCUGGUGGACAUGAGGCGCUUCAGCUACCCCGAGCGGCCCAUCAUCUUCCUGUCGGGCUGCUACACGGCCGUGGCCGUGGCCUACAUCGCCGGCUUCCUGCUGGAGGACCGGGUGGUGUGUAACGAGAAGUUCUCCGAGGACGGGGCGCGCACCGUGGCGCAGGGCACCAAGAAAGAGGGCUGCACCAUCCUCUUCAUGAUGCUCUACUUCUUCAGCAUGGCCAGCUCCAUCUGGUGGGUGAUCCUGUCGCUCACCUGGUUCCUGGCGGCCGGCAUGAAGUGGGGCCACGAAGCCAUCGAGGCCAACUCGCAAUAUUUUCACCUGGCCGCCUGGGCCGUGCCGGCCAUCAAGACCAUCACCAUCCUGGCGCUGGGCCAGGUGGAUGGCGACGUGCUGAGCGGGGUGUGCUUCGUGGGGCUCAACAAUGUGGACGCGCUGCGGGGCUUCGUGCUGGCGCCUCUCUUCGUGUACCUGUUCAUCGGCACGUCCUUUCUGCUGGCCGGCUUCGUGUCGCUCUUCCGCAUUCGCACCAUCAUGAAGCACGAUGGCACCAAGACCGAGAAACUGGAGAAGCUCAUGGUGCGCAUCGGCGUCUUCAGCGUGCUUUACACGGUGCCGGCCACCAUCGUCAUCGCCUGCUACUUCUACGAGCAGGCCUUCCGGGACCAGUGGGAGCGCAGCUGGGUGGCCCAGAGCUGCAAGAGCUACGCCAUCCCCUGCCCCCACCUCCAGGCCGGCGGAGGACCCCCGCCGCACCCGCCCAUGAGCCCCGACUUCACAGUCUUCAUGAUCAAGUAUCUUAUGACGCUGAUCGUGGGCAUCACGUCAGGUUUCUGGAUCUGGUCUGGCAAGACCCUUAACUCCUGGAGGAAGUUUUACACGAGACUCACCAACAGCAAACAGGGGGAGACCACCGUCUGAGACCUGGGGGCUCGCUCAGCCGGUUCCCAGCCCUCGGCCCCGGGCCCAGCCACCUUUCCAAAAACCUUUCCCCAUGGAAUCCUGGCCAACCCUGGCUGCUCUAUGCUUCCUCACUUGACUAGACGCUUUCGCAGGCUUCUUUUUAACACCAUAGCUCCUGCAAAAGCUUCCGUCCCUGGGGGCAAAGGGACUCCAGGGCCCAACUGCCUGAGGGGGGAUGGACCGACCUCUCUCCCUGGUACCUGGACUGUACGCUUUUAUGAUUGUAAAUAGCCUGUGUAAGAUUUUUGUAAGUAUAUUUGUAUUUAAGUGACGACUGAUCACGCGAUUUCUUUUCCUUUUCUUUCCUUUUUUUUUUCUUUGUUUGUUUCAAUUUGAAUUACUUAGGGCGGUUUAACCAUUGAAGCUUUUCCUUCUUGCCCCUUUCGGAGUACUACAGAGAUAAAAACAGUGCACCCGUAGGGUGCUCCCGCGGGUUCGCGCGCGCGCCCCUCCUGCCGCCCUGCUGCCGGGUGGGUGGGGUGCAUCUUGGGCUGCAGGUCCGGGUCACUUUCCACCCCCUUGUUCUGCUCCCUCCCUUCCUCUCCUUGCUUGAGUUUGGAGAUCUUAAGGUACUGAACUUCUUAAAGCUUUCAAGUCUUCCCUUGUCGGGGCCAGAUUUCCAAGGUCUGCCCCUUUGACUCCCGGAAGCUGAAUUUUUCACUGUUAAGAACCUUCCCCCUAGUUUCAAGGAGGCCCACGUCUGUGGUUGCCUCAGUCCCAGACUUCCUCUGCACCGGCCUCCAACGCCCAGACACUCCCUCCUUCCACCUAAGUCGGUUAGAGGGUGAGUGGGAUAACCAAUGCCAAACUUUUUAAAGUCUAAUUUUUGGUGGAUGAGCUCAUUUCAUUCUCUAGUGUCUAAAACCUGGUAUGAGUUUGGCCAGCGUCAUGGAAAGAUGUGGUUACUGAGAUUUGGGAAGAGGCAUGAGGCUCUGCGUGGGUUGGGAGGGACUGAAGAUGGGGGUUAUAAAAUGUUCAUUCUAAUUGUAUACUGAUGCCUGGCAACCUGCCUGUAGGACUGAGACAGUCCCGGUUUAGAUUUUAGCAUUCUGUGAAAUGGAAAUGUUGAGGUCACCUGGAAAGCUUUGUCGAGGAAUUGAUCUUUGCUUUCCUUAACAGGACUGCAGGACAUAAACUGAAUAUGAAAAUUUGAAGGAGAUUUCAGUGUAAUGGACUUCCUCAAAAUGAAGUGCUACUUUCUGAUUUUUUUAAUCAAAUAAUAAUUAGACAUAUAUCAGAAACUUUAAAAUGUAAAAGUUGUACUUUGGACAUAUUAUGGUUCUUAUUCAGCAACACAUUCUGAGGGAGGAACAAUCCACAUCAUUAAUAACAACCUGGUAAGAGUCCCAGAGGUAAAGGAGGUGGAAUAAUUGAUGGGAUUAGCUCCUGAAAUUAACAAAAUAUGGGCAUGCAUGCUAAAAGGGAAACUGUGCAGGUCUGCUGCAUUAAAUCCUGUAUGCUCCUUUUUGGAUUUACAGAAAUGUAUCAAAUGUAAAUCUUUCAAAGCCAUUUAAAAUAUUCACUUUAGUUCUCUGUGGAAAAGGUGAGACAAGCAAUCCUCCUGAUUGUAUUGUAAACUUUAAGAGUUUAUUAAAAUGCCGGUACUUAGGACCUAAAUUUAUGUCUGUCAUACCCUAAAAUGACAAUGGUCUUUGAAUUUGGUAUGCAUUUAUUCUGUUCACUAUCACAAAAUCAUCUAUAUUUAUAGAGGAAUAGAAGUUUAUAUAUAUAUAUAUAUAUUAUACCAUAUUUUUAAUUUCGCAAAUAAAAAAAUCAAAGUUUUGUACAAAAUUAUAUGGUUUUUUUGCCUGAAAAUAAUAGCGUUGAAACUGUCUAAACUACAAACUAUCUUUACAUUUUAUAGUGUCUCAUGGCCAGUCCCACAGUAUAUAAAUUCAGGAAUUCAAUGAAAAAGCCCAUCUUUAAACCUUCAUACCCAUCCUUCCAAAGACUUAUCAUACUUGCAUUGUGAUUGACAUUGUGAAGUCCCUAGAAAAGAUCUGCUUGCAGGACAGUAACAAUAUAAAAGAGAAGUUUGAACAUUAUUUCUUUACUCAAAGAAAAUUAUUAAAAAGAGAACUCUAAUUUUAAUAUUAAACCUUUUUUUGUUUCAAGGGGUAAGUUUACAUGAUUUUUUAUAAUAUGGAGGUUUAUUUUUAAAUCAUCAGCCAUCACCUUUUUCACAGUUUUUAUGAGGUAUUGUCUUAUAUUUUCCAUAAUCUUGUAUAUUCCAAAACCAUAAAUAGGUAUUCAAUAAAUGGUUAACUGAC